AUGCGAACCAAUCGCAAUCGUGGGGAUAGGAUGCAGAUUACCAGGAAAAGCUUCAUCCCAUCCAAAUUGUGGGAAUUGCUCGUGAAGAAUGAGACUGGUCAUUGCAAAGUUCCCUCGGAGCGCUAUAAUGCAGCAGCAUAUUACCAUCCCGAUGCUGAACGGCCAGGAAGUAUCAAUUCCACCGGAGGAUACUUCAUCCAGGAGGACAUCCGAGCCUUCAAAAAUGGCUUCUUCGGGAUCAACAACCUCGAAGCCACAUCCAUGGACGCUCAACAGAGGAAGCUUCUGGAAGUCACAUAUGAGGCGUUGGAAAAUGCGGGUGUUCCGUUGGAAAUGGCACAAGGCUCAAAUACUGGUGUUUAUAUCGGCAACUUUACCAAUGAUUACUUGAACAUGCAGUACAAAGAUCCAGAGAGCUUUUCGCGAUACGGUGCCACGGGAUCAGGGCUGACCGUGCUGGCGAAUCGUAUCACUCAUUGCUUCGAUCUGCGGGGUCCAUCUCAAGUGGUUGUUACAGCUUGUUCGUCAUCCUUGUAUGCGCUACAUGCAGCCUGCUUGGCUCUGGAUGCCCAUGACUGUGAAGCGGCAGUGGUGGCUUCUGCAAACCUCAUUCAAUCUCCGGAACAACAGAUUAUGGCUGUGAAAGCAGGAAUUUUAUCGCCAGAUUCGAUGUGUCAUACCUUCGAUGAAUUGGCCAAUGGAUAUGGCAGAGCGGAGGGUGUAUCAGCUGUGUAUCUGAAGAGGUUCAGUGAUGCAAUCAGGGAUGGAGAUCCGAUUCGCUCGAUCAUUCGAGGAACAUCUGUCAACGGUAAUGGUCGAACUCCAGGAAUUGUCCAGCCUAGCGUGGAGGGACAAAAAGCUGUCAUUCGGGCAGCGUAUCGUCGGGCGGGGCUGGAUCUGACUGACACAGAUUACGUCGAGGCGCAUGGAACCGGCACCAAGGUCGGAGAUCCCAUAGAGGUUGAGGCCAUAGCCGGUGUUUUUCGUCAUCGAACGGGAAGACCAACUCUCAUUGGGGGCAUCACGCCGAACCUUGGUCACAGUGAAGGUGCAAGUGGUAUUUCGAGCCUAAUCAAAGUCACUCUUGCACUCGAAAAUAAGCUACUCCCUGCAACUGCUGGCGUUAAGGUCAUAAACCCGAGUAUCAAAUUAAAGGAAUGGAAUGUGGAUAUUGUUACUGCCAAUCAAGCGUGGCCGGCAUGCCAGGUCCCGCGAGCUUCAAUCAACUCGUUCGGCUUUGGAGGUUCAAAUGGCCAUGCUAUUCUGGAAGCAGUACAGGCAGACCCAUUGGCCAGCAUCCAUCGAAAUUCUACCGUAGACGAUGAUGCAGAUAAAUUAUAUCUGUUACCUCUUUCGGCUCGAUCUGAAACUUCCCUCAGACAAAUGGCCAGUAACCUAGCCGGUCUCGCAGCCGACCCAGAUCGACAAGUUCGAAUCAAUGACCUGGCUUUCACGUUAAGCUGCCGUCGCUCCAGGAUGACUACACGUGGCUUUCUCAUCGAAUCUCAAGCGAGUCUGAACAAGGGCAUCAACCUGGAGACCUUUAAGUGGAGAGAAUCUGACAAUGAAGGGCCAUUCCCGCUGGUCUUUGUUUACACUGGACAGGGUGCACAGUGGGCUGGAAUGGGCAGAGAGCUUCUAGGGCAUAGUCGUGUGUUUAAAAAGACCAUUACUUACCUUGACUCCUGCCUCCAAGCUCUUGAUCAAGAUGUCCGACCCGUCUGGACGCUGGAGGGCCUUCUGCAAGGCGAUAAAAACUACAACAUUAACGCCGCGGAUAUAUCACAGCCGCUGUGCACGGCAGUGCAAGUUGCUUUGACGAACCUUCUCAAAGACUGGGGUGCACUACCAGAGAUGGUGGUGGGCCAUUCCUCCGGCGAGAUAGGAGCGGCAUAUGCGACCGGCGCUAUUGAUGCCCGGCAAGCCAUUCUUGCAGCUUAUUUCCGCGGAGCUGCUGUCGCUGAAGACUCAACCGAGGGAUCAAUGGCUGCAGUUGGACUUGGAAAAGAUCAAGCUCAGACGAUAAUCGAGGAGUGUGCAUUGAGCGAGUCUGUUACUGUUGCAUGUGCGAACUCACCUGAAAGCACUACCGUGAGUGGAGAUACACUUGCAGUUGAUGACUUGCUCAAAAUCCUCCAAGAGAAAGACAUCUGGGCUCGAAAAUUGAAGACUGAAGGCAAAGCAUACCACUCGCACCAUAUGAAGAUUCUGGGGUCGAGAUACGAGGCAUUGCUUGAGCGCCAUUGGAAUGCGGGCAAUGGUCACGCUCAGGAAAACGGCGACACCAAAGCAAAUGGCCAUAUCAAAGCGAAUGGCUAUGCGGAAGCAAAUGGCUCCGCCCAUUGUAGAGAGCCAUCAGUGGUGAUGAUUUCUACUGUGACUGGUGGGCCAGUGAAGAAAGAUCAAGCUGCAGUACCAAAUCACUGGCGGACAAACCUCGAAUCUCUAGUACAAUUUGACGAAGCUAUCCAAAAUAUCCUGACACGUGGAAGUUACCAUCUGGUUGAACUUGAACCACAUUCAGCUUUACAGCUUCCUAUCAAACAGAAUGCCUCGAAAUUGGAGAACACUCGCUAUAUUUACGAUUCAUCUCUCAUACGUCAUCAGGAUGCUUGGUUGACCAAUCUCCAGCUCGUUGGCUCGCUGUUCUUGCACGGACAUGAUGAGCUUCAAUACCGCAAGAUCUUUGAUGGUCGAUCUCAGACCAAUGUGUUGGUUGAUUUGCCCGCUUAUCCCUGGGAUUACGGCAAUCCUACUCUAUGGUCUGAGCCUCGCGCUAGUAUUGAGUCCCGUAACCGCAAAUAUCCACGGCAUGAUCUUCUCGGAUCCCAAAUGUUUGGAGGCAGUACCGCAGGAGUGACCUGGCGAAAUGUCCUGAACCUCAACGAAUCAGAAUGGCUUACGCAUCAUUGUUUGGGACCUUCGGUGGUUUUUCCCGCUGCAGCAUACAUUGAAAUGGCAGUGGAAGCCAUGUGCCAAGUCUCAGGCCUUCAACUGAAAGAUUGUCCUGGCGUGGAACUUCGUGAUCUCAACUUUGUCAAAGCUCUCGACAUGGAUGCCGAGCGGAGACCAACCGUGGAGAUCUUUUCCGAGAUGUCUCCCAUGAAGAUCUCCAACCUAGCAAAUUCGGAUAAAUGGUGGAGAUUUGUUGUCGUCUCGAUCGACAGUGAUUCCCAGGCGACUUCGCAUAUGAACGCGGCUGUGCGCAUCGUAGAAACCCCAACAUGGACAACUCGAAAAAUCAAACUUGACAGGUCCAACAUGCAGCAAGACGCGAUUCGUGUUUGGUACGACAAGUUUACUCAGGAAGGACUCAAUUGGGGGCCCCGGUUUGCUGUCAUGGAGGAGAUAUUUCGAGAUCGCACACGCACAGCGCAGAUAGCAGCAGCCACUACCCAUCUCCAGCGCGGAGAGGAGUCUGAUCAGUACAUUUCGCAUCCGAUCUCAAUAGAUGCAAUGCUACAAACAGCCUUUGUUGCGACUACUAGCGGCAGGGUGAGUAGCCUGCGUGCUACGGUCCCUGUCGCGAUGGACUCGGUUUACGUUGCCGGCCCGUCGGCCCUUGACAUGGAUACCAACAAGCCAUGGGGCAUUGAUACCGAGUCGGAGAGGGUCGGCUUUGGAACGGUCAAAAUCAAUGCAGAGUUGUUUAGCUCGUGGAACACGCACGCGGAAGACACCCAGCAACGCAAUCCUGUUGUGAGAGCUGCAUGGAAGCCGGAUCUUUCCGCGCUAACUAACUCAGGUCUUGCCAAAUAUCUGAACCAAUUUGUGCGAAGCCACGAGUCGAAGAGAUUCACUGAUGAAGACAUGUUGCGCUUGGCUGGUGUUCUGGAUUUGGCCUGUCACCAAUGGUGUAACAGCAACAUCCUCGAACUUGGCAAUCGACCCGAAAUCGCCGAAAGGUAUAACACUUAUUAUCGUGGAGAAUUUGCAAAUGGCGAUCUAGUUGGUACUGAGGUUUUCUCGGAAACCGCAAACGAGCAGAACCCAGAGCGCCCAACUGGGAUUCCACAAGAAAGAAAAUUUGAUAUAGUUCUCGUUCCCUCGAUUGAUCUCUGGACGCCGGCCCUUUCCAGUAGGCUUUCACCAGGAGCAAGGCUGAUCAUUAUGGGGGAUACACACAGCAUUGAUCUCACUUGGAAAAAUGUCAUCAAAGGGAGUGGCCAUUCCUCUGUUACAGUCGCGACUCUAGAAGACCUGAGUAGCCAGAAAAAAGAUGAUAAACCCCCGAUCAUCGUGUUAACUCGGAAUAACGACGCGACGCCCUUGGAUCUACAGCUUCAAAGCAUGUUCGAAGAACAUUGGGGGUCUGUCAUCAAUAUCGUUGACUUGUCCCAGGUAAGCCUCGCUACGGUUCCGGAUCGAUCACUCGUCAUAUCUACCUUGGAACAGCAACAACCUCUCCUCAAAAGCAUUGAUGAGUGUGAAAUGAAACAACUGAAAAGUGUUACCGAGCGUGUAGCCAAAAUAGUAUGGGUCGUCAAUGGUGGCCUCAUUGAGAGAGAAAAACCCGACUUUGCGCCAGUUCUAGGACUCUCCCGAGCGCUCAUGCUCGAACAGCCCUCACUUCAGUUUGCGGUUCUAGAUGUCGAUGAGAAGUCAGGGCCAUGUUCUGAAACCCUGGAAAAUAUCAUCAAUGUAUCGAACCGCCUAAUUUAUGAAUCAGAACCGGACUUCGAAUUCGCUCAACGAGACGGCGUUCUCCAUAUAUCUCGCUGGGAACCGGACGAGCGUCUUAACGAAACCUUCCGUCUCAAGCAGGACAAAGAAACGAUUGAUCUUCCUUUAGAGGUUUUCGGACGUUGCGAGCUAAGUAUCAAAGACCCGGGACAGAUGGACACGAUCCAUUUUGUGCAGAAGGACUUUUCAGCCCCUUUGCAUCCAGAUUAUGUGGAAAUCAGCGUAAAGAGUGUCGGUAUGAACGCAAAGGAUCUUUAUGCUAUCAGCGCCAAGGUGGACACCAAGAAUGCAUCAUGUUCGUGUGAAUGUGCUGGUGUCGUUACUGCCGUGGGCGACAACCUUUCCGAGUUUAAGAUUGGUGAUCGUGUGGUGUCAAUGGCUCCUGGUCAUUUUGCAACAGUUGAACGCUUACCACACUGGGCCGUGUCAAAAUUGAAUAACGAAGAGGAUUUCACGACGAGCUCCACUAUCCCGAUCGUUUUUUCGACUGUCAUUUACGCCCUGAAAUAUAGAGCGAAUCUGCAGCCAGGAGAGACUGUCCUGAUACAUUCCGCUGCCGGGGGAGUUGGAAUUGCAGCAAUCCAAUACGCGAAGCAUCUCGGAGCCAAGAUUUUCGCCACAGUCAGGAACGGAUCGAAAAAGUCGUUUCUCGUUGAGAAACAUGGUCUCAACCCAGCCCACAUUUUUAGCUCGCGCAACUCAUCCUUCCUUCCCGCCAUUAUGGAAGCCACCUCUGGCCAGGGAGUUGACGUGGUUUUGAACUCCCUCACCGGUGACCUGCUGGGCAGCAGCUUUGAAGCAUGUGCCGAUUUUAGCCGUUUCAUAGAAAUUGGAAAACGUGACAUCCUUGAUCAUGGCAUGCUAGACAUGUCCACGUUCGGCCGCAACGUCUCCUUUAUGGCAUUUGACCUGUCCAACCUCUAUCUCUCCACAAAACCCGCCCUCCGCCAACUCUGGAAAUCUUUACUUAAAGAGAGUCUAAAUCUAGUGCGAUCCAAGACCUGUGAGCCUUGUUUCCCAAUCAAGACAUUUGAGGCUUCGGAAAUUACCGAAGCGUUCAGGCAUUUCUCCUUAGGCACGCGACUAGGGAAAGUUACUGUGUCGUUUCAGGAUCCCAGCCUCAAGAUAAGGGCGAUUCCGAAGAAGUAUGGAACUACCUUCAGUGCCCAUAAGUGCUACAUCAUGGUCGGAUGCCUGGGUGGACUAGGUCGCAGCCUUUCCAAGUGGAUGAUGUCUAGCGGUGCUCGACGGUUCAUAUUCAUGGGUCGAUCUGGUUCCGAUAGGCCUGAAGCAAGAAACAUAGUCAAUGAUCUACGCGCCCAAGGAGCCGAUGUCACCAUUAUCCGCGGAGAUCUCUGUCGAUAUGAGGAUGUUGAACGAGCCAUGGAAGCAGCGGAGUCUCCCAUUGGUGGUGUAAUCCAGGCGGCUAUGGCACUCAGUGAGGCUCUUUGGAGUAAGAUGACGCACAGCGCAUGGAACACUACUCUCGGCCCCAAGGUUCAGGGGACUUGGAAUCUUCACAAUGCGUUGAGCAAAGGUCGGGAUUCUCAACUCGACUUUUUUGUCAUGACUUCGUCUAUCUCAGGAACCGUCGGUGGGGCGACCGAGAGCAAUUACUGUGCUGCCAACUCGUUCUUAGAUGCCUUCGCCCGCUAUCGCAACAACCUCGGACUGCCGGCCAUCUCGAUCGGCUAUGGGAUGAUUUCGGAGGCGGGAUAUUUACACGAGCACCCUGAUAUCGAGGCCCUUAUGAAACGGAAAGGAAUUCACCCCAUCAAUGAAGAUGAACUGAUCCAGAUCAUGAAUAUGGCCAUGAUGAACCAAAGACCACACACAUGGGACUCUCGGUAUGAUAAUCUAGCAGGCAGCCAUAUUCUCACUGGAGUGGAAUUCUUCGGCCUUCAGAAGCAGAGAGAACAGGGAUUCGAGGGAGACAACCAUAUAUUUGCCGAUCCUCGAGGUGCAUUGUUCACUGCAUCAUUUGAACGCCAGGUCGCGGGGACAAGCGAGAAGGAGACGCAUGGCACGGCGGCGCAACUCCCUGGAAAUAUUGCGCGAGCGCUGCGUGAUAGCCAAGAUCCGGCAUCUAUUCUCGAUGCACUUCGAGCUGUUGUGCUGAAGAAGAUCUCCAAUCUCAUCCUUCUGCCGAAGACUCAGCUAGAAGCGGAUAAACCCCUGGGUGAAUUUGGUUUGGACUCUAUGUUGGCUGCUGAGUUUCGAACAUAUAUUUUCCGCACAUUCGAAGUCGAUGUACCCUUUGUGAUAUUGCUGAAAAGGAGUACAACUGUGAACCUCCUGACUGGUCUCAUUGCUGAAGGCCUGCAGAAAAGUGCUUAG